AAAAAUACUUUAGUGAUUAAUUAUUUAAAAAAGAAAUAAAUAAUAGAAAAUUAUAAAAAUAGUUACUUGAAAACGAAACAUCAUUAAAUAAGAAUAAGAGAAUAAUAAAAAAAAUAAAGAAAUUUGUGGUGUCCUGUUUUAAUUUUAAAGUGCUUCGAAAUUCCCCAAGUAAAUUUAUAUACCUGUGUAAAUGUGAAAAGAAUCUCCAUACUAAUUCAUAAUCAUAAAUAUAGAUAAUUAAAAAUAAGAACGAAAAUAUAUAAAAAGUUGAAAAAAUAGAAUCAUAUUUGAAACAAAUAAGAAAAAGUAACCAUAAAUAAGUCUUAGAUCUUCUGAAGCAAACAGUGACAAAAGCCCCAACCACGAAAAGGACUUUCUCUUCCAAACCACAAUAACCGAAAAAAAACAAAGUGUUAAAAAAUAUAAUUAAAAAAUAAAUUAGAAAUUGUGGUUACAAAAAAAAAAAUAAAUAAAUAAAAUAAAACAAAUAAAUAAAAAAUAAUUAUUAAAAAUAUCCCACAGGCAAACCAAAAAAAAUUAAAACUCAAUGAAAUAUUGCCAACUACCACGACACGAUUUAGAAAAAUUACCUACCCCAUAAAUACACAAAGUGCAUGUGAAGUGAAAUAAAAAUAAUGAAAUAAAACUAAUUCUAACAAAAAAUCAAAAAAUGGCGAGUCAGAAAUACUAAAACCAUUAAAAUGAAUAAUUAAUAUUAAAUAUAAUUAAAAAAGGAAAAUAUAUCUAAAAAAAUUCCCUUAAAGUGACCCCCCUACAAAAACAAGGCAACAAAAAAGGAUAAAUAAAAACUUUAAUAAAAAAUUAUUAACAAAGUGAAAAAAAAACAACAAAAACACAUUACAAACUUAGCCAAGUUCUAUCCCAACUACAUACUUUGGAUUACAACAAAUGUAUAAAGUUCCAACAAAAGCAGCCGUAACAGCACCAACAACAACAACAACACGGAGAGCAGCACCAACAUGUCCAUGCUAGUAGAAGAUUCUCUGAAAACAGACGGCAAUAUGCCUGAAGACCACCACAGAUACAUGAUCCGUGUUGAGUUGGUUUUAAAUGGCACUUAUCGCUGGCAAUGAAAUGAAAUAUAAUUUUGCGAAUUUCUCAGGCCGUACUUGAGUAAUUUCUUUUGCAGAAAAUAAAAUCAACAAGAAACGAAAUGAAAUGAGUUGAAUUGAAUUGAAUGGAAAGGAAAAUUGCAACGAAAUGAAAUGAACGAAAUGUGAAAUAAUAUUUUGUGCAUUUGCAAUGGCAAUGGAAACGAAGUGAAGAAAAUAGAACAAAACAAAAUAACAAAAAAGAAAAACAUGUUGAAGCAAAAUUAUCAUCAUCAACAACAAGAAGCUAGGCGAACAACAGAACAGCAGCCAACAAAGUGGGUAAAUACAUUUAGACCACAAGAUGAACAGCAGCAGUGGCAGCAGCAAGACCGACAACAACAGCAAUAUUUCUGGCCAAGUGGUCAUUCGGCACUGCACUGUAAUAAAAUACAAGCAACGAAAAUUCAACAAAUUGAAAAUAUAAACUAAAACACCAAUUCAAUUUUCAGUUAGGAAAAUCAAGUGAAAAACAACAGCCACAGCAAUAGCUGCAGAAGCAAAUAAAACUAAGGCUUCGAAAAAAAAAAAACGAAGAAAAAAAUUCCCUCAUAGCAAAAGAGGGAGAGAGAGAGAGAUAGAAAACCCCCCAAAACGGUAAAGAAAAACCAGAUCCCUAAACUGUGUAAAUACAAAACCCAAAUAGAACAACAACAUCAAAUACACGGAGGUGGGUGUAGAGGAGGCAACAAAUCAACAUUGCAAAGCAACACGGAAUACCCUCCCAGACCUCCCACAAAAUGUAAACAUCAACCGGAGUCCAUAGCACGACAGGAGAAAGCAAACACCCAGGCAGCCAACCAGCCAGCCAACCAGCCAGCCAGCAUGAACAACACCAACACCACUAAAACUUUGUUCAAACAAUACCCCCGGAAAACUAGCCAAAAACUUUCGAAAAUCUAAUUGAGUGAAAACAGAAAUUAAAUAGAGAACCCUAGAAAGCGGCUAAUCAAAACUCAACAAAAACAAAUCAACAGCGACUUGGCCUUUUUCAGAUCUCCGGUAUUUUGGAUUUUUUCCCCAUUUUUGGUUUUCUCCUCUAACGUUAUUUACCUUUGGCCUUCACCUAGCGACCGCCAUCAAUUGUUUUGCAAGAAAACAAAGGCACACAACUCACACCCACACACACAGAGACGUGCGAACAAAAGCAGCAAAAGAAUGAAGGAUACCAAACUAAGAAAGCAACAAUAACAAGAAAACUAAAUAACAAGGAACGCAAAAGGGGAGAGAGAGAGGGACGGAAAAAAUCUUAAUUCUAUAAAAAUUUUAUUAAAGAUUAGUAACCAAACACCUGCCCUUUAACAGCAACAACAACAACAAGAUCUACGACAAAAGCAACAACAAUAACAAAACCAAAGAAAUCUAUUCAUAAUAACCAUAAACAUUUAUUAAGAAAGUUAAUAAAGGCACAAGGCUAAGGCAAGAGGGAAGUGAGAAGGAUACUACGAACAUAGAUAAGGAGAACCACAACAACGAAAUAUCAUUAACCUAACAGCCAAGAAACAAAAAAAAAAAAUACAAAAAUACCAAGGCGGACAACCCUCCCAACCAACAAAUACACAAAGAAAAGACGAAGGAAGAACGAACGCCUACAGGACUCUUAGCAUCCUCAUCAACUGUAAAGGAAUCUCUUCAAAAGAAAUCCAUCAAGAUGAGUAAUAAUGACAAAACACCAACAUCGAACGAAGUUGCCAAACAGCAGGUUGUUGCCUACACCCAAAAAUCGAAAAUCAAAAAUGAGACUCGUCACAUCCAAUUGGUCCGUGAAUAUGGCUUUCAUCCGCGCAACAAGGCCACCGUGGAAGAUGGCGAUGUUUUGCCAAAGAAAUUUGAACCAUUUCCGGAGAAUAUGUACGGACGACCACUGGAGGAAAUUGAUCAUUUCAUAUAUGAAGAGACAUUCUGUGUGGUUUCAAAACGUUUUCGCAAAAAUUACAUACAUCGAUUUACCGGCACCAAAAGUUUAUUUCUCUUCCAUCCAUGGAGUGCGGCGAGACGAAUAUGCGUCUAUAUAGCAACAAAUCAGUUCUUCGAUUAUUGUGUCAUGGCCACAAUAUUGUUUAAUUGCAUUUUUUUAGCCAUGACAGAGACAGUCGAAGAAGCUGAAUUUGUCUUCCUAGCGAUUUAUACCAUUGAAAUGGUAAUCAAAAUCAUUGCCAAAGGCUUCCUGCUCAACAAGUACACAUAUCUACGAAAUCCAUGGAAUUGGCUGGAUUUUGUGGUCAUAGCAAGCGGUUAUGCAACAAUCGGCAUGGACGUGGGCAACUUGGCCGGUUUGCGUACAUUUCGUGUGCUGAGAGCUUUAAAGACUGUUUCCAUAAUGCCAGGUUUAAAGACUAUUAUAAAUGCACUACUGCACUCGUUUCGUCAAUUGGCCGAGGUCAUGACACUGACCAUAUUUUGUUUGAUGGUCUUUGCACUGUUUGCACUGCAGGUUUACAUGGGUGAACUGAGAAAUAAAUGUGUUAAAAACGUUCCAGAAGAUUGGGUUAAUACCACCGAUCUUGAAUGGAAAUUAUGGAUCAAUGACACAGACAAUUGGUUGUUUGACGACGAAGAACUGCCUCUGUUAUGUGGCAACCUAACGGGGGCACGUCACUGCCCCGAGGGCUAUACAUGCCUGUGCGUGGGCGAGAAUCCCAAUCAUGGCUAUACGAAUUUCGAUAACUUUAUGUGGUCGAUGUUGACGACAUUUCAGUUAAUCACCCUGGACUAUUGGGAGAACGUGUACAAUAUGGUGUUGGCCACUUCGGGACCGAUGAGUGUAUCAUUUUUUACAGUGGUUGUGUUUUUUGGUUCAUUUUAUUUGAUAAAUCUAAUGUUAGCCGUAGUUGCUCUAAGUUACGAGGAAGAAGCCGAAAUAACAAAUGAAGAACGUAAAAAAGACUUAAUGGAUCAUCGAGAUGAUUCAACAUUUAGCUUCGACCCGUCCGUUCUGAAUGUGAAAAAAUUAAAUAAAAACAAUAAGAAUAAAAUUGAUUCUCGCAAGGGUGUACUGGCCUCCUACAACAAGAAGAAGGUGCGACGGAAAAAGGUCAAGGGCACCGGCAAGGGUGAAGCAAGUGGUAACAACACCGAUAGCAAUGGCAAUGGAACACACACUGGUAAAGGUGAUUCACUCACACCCACACCUAGUCCCAGUCCCCGCCACAGUGGUUGUGAACGACCUACCGAUUUGGAUCUGAAGGGGGGUCAACAUCAAAAGACCGGCUCGGCCAAAGAUAAACAACGCCAGACACGCAUUUGUUUCCAGGAGCAGGACACUGAACUCAAUCCAAAUAUGUUAUAUCCCUCCGGUCAGCUGGGCCAUGCUGGCCGCCAAGGUAGCUCAAAUUCGGCGGGCGGUGGUGUGAAUCGUGAAUCAUCUCAGGAUGAUUCAGGUGUGGUGGACGAUCAUGAAGAACAAGAUAUAACAGCUUCCGAAGUGGCCAAUGUAACUGCCACCACAAACAACAAUGCCGUUGCCACGACCACCACAACGAUGGUGGACGAAUGUGGUGGUGGCGGCAGCACCAAUGAACAUACAGCGGUCACACUCGCCUUGUCACCGCGCGAAGUUCGACUGAUAAAGUGCAAUGGAAAUAUAGCACGCAUUAAAAAGCAUAAUAUUUAUGCUUUACAUCCGGAAGAUUCUUCCGAAAUUGUUGUAAUCGAUGAUCUUCCCGAUCGUAAUUGUGAUAGAUGUGUUCAAUGCUGCAUCGACUAUGAAGGAUGGUUGCAAUUUCAAAAUUGCCUCUAUAAAGUGGUACGCGAUCCCCUCUUUGAGUUGGCCAUAACGCUGUGUAUUGUUUUGAAUACGGCGUUCUUGGCAAUGGAACAUCAUGGUAUGAGUGAAAGUUUUCGCAAUGCUCUGGAUGUAGGAAAUAAGGUUUUCACUUCAAUAUUUACAUUUGAAUGUAUUAUAAAAUUAAUGGCAUUAUCCAAAGAGUUUUUUCUAUGUGGUUGGAAUAUAUUUGAUUUGAUAAUAGUAACGGCCUCAUUGUUGGACAUAAUAUUUGAAUUAGUUGAUGGUCUCAGUGUAUUGAGAGGUCUAAGAUUGUUGCGUGUUUUAAAAUUGGCUCAAUCUUGGACUACAAUGAAAGUGUUAUUAAGUAUUAUUAUUUCAACCAUAGGAGCUUUGGGUAAUCUUACCUUAAUAUUGGUUAUAGUCAUUUACAUAUUUGCCGUCAUUGGCAUGCAAUUGUUUUCUAAAGAUUAUACACCAGAAAAAUUUGAACCCGAUCCGGUGCCAAGAUGGAAUUUCAAUGAUUUUUUCCAUUCAUUUAUGAUGAUUUUUCGUAUUCUAUGCGGUGAAUGGAUUGAACCUCUGUGGGAUUGCAUGAGAGCCGAAGAAGAGCAAGGUGCUUCCACAUGCUUUGCCAUAUUUCUACCCACACUGGUCAUGGGCAAUUUCAUGGUGCUAAACUUGUUCUUGGCCUUGUUGCUCAACAGCUUUAAUUCGGAGGAGCUAAAAUCCAAGAAAGAGGAAGUGGGCGAAGAAUCAAAAUUAGCUCGCAGCAUUGAACGUGUACGCGAUCUGAUUCGAAAAAAACGCCAAGAACGGAAAGAGCGCAAGGAGCGUAAAUAUGCUUCGAAAUUUCAACAAAUUGUUAUUGAAGCUCAAAAUGCUGCCGCCUCAUCAAUGCUCGACAAGUCAGGUCUGAUGUCGGAAACUAAAUUCCAUCGGCUUAGCUAUCAGGAAUCUAUGAAUCGACCUGUUUCCGGCUCAGAUUUUGGCGUUAUCAUACCCUUAAAGGGAAGCCUACACACUAUUGUUGAUGGUACUGAAACUGAAGAAGAUCGUAAGUCACACACAUCCGCACAGCAACAAUAUCAACAUCAGCAGCAGCACCAACAACAACAACAACAACUACAACAGCUGCAACAACAACACGAAUAUACCACAUCACCCAUGUUAAAUACCCAACCAGCUUUGCAGUUGCUCUAUCAGCAACAACAAACGGCCAUGCCAUCAUUCGAUGGCACCGUGGCCAGUUCCUGCCAAUUAGACAAUAAUAGCCCAAAUCCACAGGCCGAUCGUCGGCUACAGCAUCAAAUGUCUUCCGGUUUUGGUACACAGCCAAACGAUUCCCGCGAUGAUCCAACCACCUACACGGAAUCGAUAGAACUACAGCUGAUGGGUCAGUAUAAUUCCACAGAUACCGAUCCGUAUAAUCAGGAUCAACGAAGUGGUUCGUACAUGCGCGGCGACUCGUUUCAAGAGCGCAUCUCAACGCGUCUCUGCAGCGAGGAACAUGACGAAUCGUAUUUGCAAUAUCAGAAAUCGUUGCUGACGCGAUCGCCGAGCUAUCGCAAAUCCUUGGAUCGCCUCUCACAGUCCAGCGAUCAGUCGCAGCGUUCGUUGAUACCCUCAAGACGAUCCGACGAUGAAAUUGUCUCCAGCAUGAGACGAGACACAAGUGGCCAUUCGUUGAACACCAUAUCCAUGGAACAGGAGGAACUGCUGUCGAAUCAUGUCAAUCUUAGGGAUGAAUUGCUGAACUGUGAUCAAAAGGAAUUAUUUCAGUUUUUACAGGAAGAUGCCCAGGAUAAUAGCCAUAAUUAUUUUAGCGAUACGGUAGGUUAUGGCUCUACCAUGGAUGCGGAUACCGAUUCGCUAAUUGUUACGGAGAGUAAACGCCAUGGGGAAGAACGCAAACCCUCGACUAGCAGUAUCAAAUCGAAUUUAAGUUACAUUUCCAAUUCCAUACUGCAAACCAUAGAGUCGAGACGAAAUGGAGGUAGUCAUUCGUCGAAUGGCAAUGGCCAUGACAAUGAGAGUGUACCCUUGGUGGAACACUCCGAGUUUGAUAAUAUUAUCCAAAGUUUUGAGAAGGAGUUGGAAGAGAUUAAAAAAUCCACCACUUCACUGGAGAGACGGCUCUCAACAUUGUCCGAACCUUCGCCGGCAGCUGAUGAGGCUAAUAAGGCCAUUUUGGAACAUAUUGCGGUAAUUACGGGCGCCUCAGAGCGUACGGCAGCGGAUGAGGUGGUAACCCCAUUGAAUCCUUAUGACAGCUAUGAUCUGUCCACAGUGCCGCGACGGCAACACUCGCUGCCGGCCAACACAAAUCGAGCCUCGGUGAAGAUCAAACGUCGUAGCCUUGAAAAGCAACGUAAAAUCGAUGAAGACUUUUGCAUAAGCAAUGAAAUACGCAAGAUCUGUGAUCAAAUACAAGCUCCCUUUGCCUCAGUGGAAGCAAUGUCGAUUGCGGCCACUCAAGCCUCUGGCGCCCAAUCGCCAUUUAUGCGGCGAAAAAGUGAUCUCUUCAGUGCUCAAUUUGAUCGUUUCAAACGAAUGUCGCUGAUUGAGCGAGUCGAUGAGGUGCCCGAAGAGGAUAAGCCCAUUUCGACGCUGCGCAUGGAAUCCGAACGAUUGCCGCGGAAAUGCCUGACCGUCGAUGGGGCGGACAAAAUCGAAAGUCUAUCGCUGAAAAGUACAAAUUCCUAUGAAAAUCUGCUGCUGCACAAACAAUUGACCCAAUUAGCUCAACAGCAGCAGCAACAACACCAACUGCAACAGCAGCAGCUGUCACAGCAUCAUUUGCACCACCACGACUCUUCCAAUUCAUCGUCUGCCGUUGUACCACCCACACCACCAGCCUCGCUAAAGUCUUCUAUCGAACCACCCACACUGGCGCAAAUGUCUUCGCUGAAGGCAACGCCACCCCUGACGGCCUUAACCGAACACCAGCAACAUUUCCAUGCCACCAAUGCUCAAAUGCGUACCACACCACUCCUCCCAAGGGCUGGGCAGUCGCGUGCCAAUAGCGUUGACGCCGAACAGCUGCAACAGCAGAGGAAGCAACAACGACGCCUACAAGUCAAGUCACGCUCAGAGCAUCCACAAUCGGCACUAGACAAAGCUGGUUCUUUCCAAUCGGCUCGCACCGAAUCGCACAGUUCGGGUGCGGCCGAUACCUCCUCAGCUCUGGCACUGGCCGCAGCCGGCGAUGUGAUUGUGGGACAGUUGCAAUCGGCCGGUGGGUCACAAGAUAAGAGCGGCGAUGCGCUCCAGUCGCAAAAAUCUGCAUUUUCACGACUGACUGAAAAACCAUGGCAUUGUCUGGUCUCCUACGUAGACGAUCUCACAGUGGGUGGGAGACGUAAUUCGCAGGGAGCAUACAAUGAUCCCAUGACUUUUCCAAGUUUCGGACAUUCGAAGCCACCAAAAGUGCCAGAUGAUUGUUUCCCCCAGAAGUGUUAUGAACACUUUUAUUUUCGCUGUCCUUGGUUUAUGUCUUGUAUGGAUACCCCGACAGCUAAACAUUGGACACGCGUCAGAACGGCCGUCUUAACUGUUGUGGAUACUCCAGCCUUUGAGUGGUUUGUCUUGGUGUUAAUAUUUGCCUCCAGCAUAACGCUCUGUUUCGAGGACAUCUACUUGGAUAGUAACAAAUCGCUGAAGCGCAUCCUGUAUUGGACGAAUUUCUCCUUCUGUUUGAUCUUUGUCAUCGAAAUGGUUCUCAAGUGGUUGGCAUUGGGGUUUUCCAAAUAUUUUACCAGCUUUUGGACGAUACUGGAUUUUAUUAUAGUUUUUGUUUCUGUUUUCUCUCUGCUCAUCGAGGAAAAUGAAAAUCUCAAAGUCCUACGUUCUUUGCGUACCUUGAGAGCGUUACGUCCUUUGCGUGCCAUAUCCAGGUGGCAAGGAAUGCGAAUUGUAGUAAAUGCUCUCAUGUAUGCCAUACCAUCAAUUUUCAAUGUACUUUUAGUUUGUUUAGUUUUUUGGUUAAUAUUUUCUAUAAUGGGUGUACAAUUUUUCGGUGGUAAAUUUUUCAAAUGUAUCGAUAACGAUGGAGAGCUACUACCAGUCACGGAAGUCAAUGACAAAUGGGAUUGCAUUGAACAAAACUACAGUUGGAUCAAUUCAAAAAUCACUUUCGAUCAUGUAGGUAUGGGUUAUUUGGCCCUACUGCAGGUGGCCACCUUCGAGGGCUGGAUGGAAGUGAUGGCCGAUGCUGUGGAUGCCCGUGGCGUAGACCUGCAACCGCAACGCGAGGCCAAUCUCUAUGCCUACAUCUAUUUUGUCAUCUUUAUUGUGUGCGGUUCAUUCUUUACUCUUAACCUCUUCAUAGGAGUAAUCAUUGACAAUUUCAAUAUGCUGAAGAAAAAGUAUGAAGGAGGAGUGUUGGAAAUGUUUCUCACCGAAUCGCAAAAGCAUUAUUACACCGCCAUGAAAAAGUUGGGACGAAAAAAACCACAGAAAGUCAUUAAGCGACCAAUAAAUCAUUUUUUAGCUAUGUUUUAUGAUUUAUCCAAUUCUCGAAGAUUUGAAAUUGCCAUAUUUGUGUUGAUUUUUUUAAACAUGUUAACCAUGGGUAUUGAGCACUACAAUCAGCCGCAUGCGGUAUUUUUUAUCCUCGAAGUUAGCAAUGCAUUUUUCACCACCGUCUUCGGGCUAGAGGCCAUUGUUAAAAUUGUCGGCUUACGCUAUCAUUAUUUUACCGUCCCCUGGAACGUCUUUGAUUUUCUGUUGGUAUUGGCCUCGAUUUUUGGCAUUUUGAUGGAAGACAUCAUGAUUGAUUUACCGAUUAGUCCUACUCUGUUGCGAGUAGUUAGAGUAUUUCGAAUUGGCCGUAUAUUGAGAUUGAUCAAAGCUGCCAAAGGCAUACGCAAGCUUUUGUUUGCUCUGGUAGUGUCCCUGCCAGCCCUGUUCAAUAUUGGAGCUUUACUGGGUCUAAUCACAUUUAUAUACGCCAUAUUGGGCAUGUCGCUAUUUGGACAUGUCAAGCUACAAGGUGCUCUAGAUGAUAUGGUGAACUUCCAGACAUUUGGCCGCAGCAUGCAAUUGUUGUUUCGUUUGAUGACAUCGGCCGGGUGGAAUGAUGUGCUGGAGUCGCUGAUGAUCCAGCCGCCGGACUGUGAUCCGCACUUUAAUCGCCAGACGAAUGGGGACUGUGGCCAUCCGCUGUUGGCCAUCACGUAUUUUACCAGUUUCAUUAUAAUUAGCUAUAUGAUUGUCAUAAACAUGUACAUUGCCAUCAUUUUGGAGAAUUUCAAUCAAGCCCAUCAGGAGGAAGAAAUUGGUAUAGUGGAGGAUGACUUGGAAAUGUUCUAUAUCAGAUGGUCUAAAUAUGAUCCCCAUGCAACACAGUUUAUACACUUUGCACAACUUUCCGACUUUAUUGCUUCUUUGGAUCCUCCAUUGGGUAUCUCCAAGCCCAAUACCGUGGCACUGGUCUCUUUUAACUUACCCAUUUCGAAGGGUAAUAAAAUCCACUGUUUAGAUAUUUUACAUGCUUUGGUCAAACAUGUUUUGGGUCAUGUUGAAGAAACGGAUAACUUUAAACAGUUGCAAGAACAAAUGGAUGUUAAAUUCAAGAAGCAAUUCCCAACUCGCAAGGAAUUGGAAAUUGUUUCUUCAACACGGAUUUGGAAGAGACAAGAGAAAGCUGCCAAGACCAUACAGAAUGCCUGGAGGGAAUAUCAAAGAAGAAAGAAGGAAAAGGAGCGUUCCAAUUCGGGGGACAGUGCAACACAGACCUCAAGUCCAGGUGGCUGGCAAGCCCGUUUGUCGUCGUUGAAUUUCUUUCAUUUGCAGGUUUCUCGCCGCGGUACACAGUGUUCCAGUCGUGCCUCAUCACGAAAAUCAUCGCGGGCUUCCGAUGCUUCUGAUAUCAGCGAAUUGGCUGGACCAUGGCUAAAUCUACCCCUGAUGUUGGUGUCUGGUGCCGAUGAUGUGGUCAAGGAUAUCAAACAACAGAGUGAAGAAUUGGGCAAGCGAAUUUCCUCAUGUUUAUCCCUGAAUUAUGAGUCCAUACUCUCCGAAAUGGUUAACAGCAUACUAAGCGAUGAAUCACAUGCAAAUGAUUUGAAUUUUUUUGAAAAUUUCAAUGACUGUCAACGAGGCAUCUCGCCCACAACAGCCGCUAUCUCCUCCACCACCUCCCUCGCCACAACAUUAGCCGACAACACAACAACUAUCGCCUCUUUGGAUGCCAAAAAAAGUAACCUCCAACAAACGGUAGUCACGCCCACACGUAAACGAGCUACGAGUUUUAUACGUAAAAAACCACCCCUAGAAAGAGCUGAGGGUCCAACGCCCGAGGUAAUUGUGACCAAACCAUCACCGGAACAGAGUACACUACCAUUGGGUCUGAGGCCGGAGAAUUCAACAUUGGUCCAUGUUCUGGUGCAUCGUGAGAGCGAGGAAUACAAGGAGGAGGACGAAGAGGCAACGCAGGUGUCACCGUCGAUAGAAAAACCCAAACCACCGCAAAUUCGAAUAAGUCCCGGUUCCGAUGACAUCGGUUUGGAUACAAUGCAACCAUCGAUUGUACAAAUUAUGAUUGAAUCACCUAAAGAUCCACCACGGGGUGAUUUCUCGGCAGAAUUUGAGGUGGCACAACAGCAGCCAAUUUCAAUGCCACCGCCACCAAUUCCCGAGGCACCCGUCAUCGAAGAGCCCAUCGAUGUCAACAUACAAGGUGACACAUCGAAGGUGUUCUAUGAUUAUGAUCCGGAUGAGGCAAAUGAAAUUGUUAUAUUGGAAACCUUGGCUGAGGAAUCGCCAAAAUCUGAAGAUAUACCAAUGACAGCACUGCCAGAAAUACCAGUGCCAAUGAAAUUAGUGAAGGAUACACUGAUUGGUACUGAGCAAGAAAUUACGACUUCGACGACGACGACUGCCGCUACUGCAACAUCAAGUGCUACAGUGGCCAUGUCUGUGGCAAGCAGUAGUGAAGAGGAUUAUCAGCAGGAACAGGAUCUGCCACAACCACCAGCACCAGCAGCAACACCACCAGUAACAGGCAGCAGCAGUAAUAUCCCCACAUCGACAUCGUCAUCAUCGACCUCAUCGAAUGAAGAUGGCGACAAGAACAGAUGACAUUCACCUCGCACAGCAACGGUGCCCAAGAGCAGCAGUUCCAGCUCGAGCACCAGUUGCUGUAAUUCAGCUCACCAGACAACCAGUUACAGUUCGACGGGUACCGAUAACAAUGCUAAGGAGGGCGGCGACAAGGAUGAAAACGAUGACGAAGACAAUCGCCGGAAAAAAGGUGAUGGCCCCCAGCAAUACAGUUGACAACCACGCAUCUGAGUAGUACUGCAACGCGGUGGCGGCCAGUCGAAUGGUUAUGGUAACGGUAACGAUAAGGGCAGCUAUGACCAACAAACCCUAUAUAGCAAUAACAAAUACGAUUCCAUAUUAAAAAUCUUGUUAAAGUUUUUCUAUUAAAAUAAAACAAUAAAAAAAAAGAAACUGAAAACAAAAAUUGAAUAAUGAAAACCAAAUAAUGUAGUCUGUCUUCUAAAGUCAUAAUGAAUAUUUGUAAUAAUAAUAAAAAUUAUAAUUAAAAUAAUAAUAAUAAUAAUAACAAUAAUGACGAUGAUGAUGUUUAAAAUUUCCCUUUUGAAGUUAGAAGAAAAAACAAUCAAUUUCAAUAAUGAAAUGACAGUAUACUCCAAAUAUAUAAAAAAAAAACCAACAACAUGUAUUAAUUCUACAUUUAUAUAUAGCAUGGAAAACGAAUGUUAACAUUUAGAGAAAAA